AUGCUGGACCCACCUCGAAAGAAGGAUUGGACACCUUCCGACUCUAGAGCAGAGUGGUUCGGUGUUUCACUGGGGACAGGCGGGCGGGUGACCGAGCUAAAGCUGGUCGACAACGGCCUCGUCGGCACCCUUCCGAAUGCUCUGGGUGGCCUGGAGAUGUUGCGCUAUCUUCAUCUCGGUCGUAAUACCCUAUCAGGGACUAUUCCAAGCGGCCUCUCGAGCCUCUGGGCCCUCGAGUGGCUCAACCUUAGCGAAAACGUUCUUACGGGACCGGUGCCGGGGUCUCUGUCCAGUCUUAGCAGAUUGGUGGAGCUGAACCUCAGCGCCAACCGCCUUACUGGCCCUCUGCCGCCAGAGCUCUGCGGCAUGGCGUCCCUUGUUUGUCUCCAGCUCUCGAAGAACGACCUGGAAGGCUUUCUACCGGCUGAGAUUUCAGAGCUAACCUCACUGGUAACCCUGUGUCUGGACCACAACCGGUUUUGCGGGCCGAUUCCGCGAGGGGUAGCGGGAAUGAAGGCCCUGAAGGAGCUGCGGCUGGAUCACAACGUUCUCACGGGCUCAGACGUGUUGUCCUUCGUCCUCGCGGUGAUUUUCAUUGUCGUGCCCACGAGCGUCGUGGUCGCCAGCACCAUGAGCGGGUCCAGAGAGCGCGAUCGGAACAAGAAGAUAUUGCUCACCGUUCUUCAGCUUCGUCUAGUGUGGGAAGCGCGCGACGGGUUGAAGAAAAGGCGAGAGACGAGAGACUACAAGACGGCCAAGUUCGUCGAGGCGUGCUUUGAGGCUGCGCCACAGAUGCUGCUGCAGACCGUCGCGGUAGUGUCCCUGUGGAACGACAAGGAGACCGACAACUCGGACGCGUUCGUGGCCUUCUCGAUUAUGAACUCCGUCUUCUCCGUCUCGUGGGAGACCAUGUCGGCUCUGGACAGAGGGUGGGCGGAAGAGAUGGUCGAGGAGCGGGCCAGACAGGGGACGUCGUGGCCUUGCGGAGCAUCAGCUCACCGCUGGCUCGUGCUCUUGAGCCUGUGGGUCUUCCACGUGUGCGAGGUCGGGUUACGGGGGUUAAGCCUCUCCAUGCUUGCUCUAACGCUCCGGGGGUGGUCGGCUCUCGUGAUGGCGGGUGUGUGGGGCGCGCGGGUUGGCAUCGCGAAGGCAACGGAGGCGUCUGACCUCAAAACUACCAAGGUUCUGAUUAAAGCCCUUGCAGCAUGCCUGCUCGACUCCAUCUGGGACAGCAAGUCUGCCUACAUCGCCGCAUCGGUAUGCACUUUGCUUGAGUCGAGCACUUUCUUCGUUGUGGCAUCGUUAGAAUUGCGAGGAGAAAAUACUCCACUCGAAGAAGCCUUAUCCGAAGUAGCGUGGGUCGCAGGGAGCGUCUACGCCCUACGGUUCGUGCUCGACCUCUGGUUAAGGGCGCCGCUGCACUGGGGGACGUUGAUCGAUGUUGAGGACUUGCCGUCUUGCUGGAGGGAAGGAGUUUCCAGGCUGAGAGGGGCGCUAUUCGAAAGGCGUUCGCCAUCAGCGACAACGAUGCCAGCAGAGCCAUCGCCACUUGCGACCACGCCACAGGCGACGCCACUGUCACCACGGCGUGCUGGCUUUCUGCCUCGGUAG